CUCAAACUCAAAUUCCCUACGUUCGUCCUUACCAAGACAACAUUCACUGCUUGCUCAGAUCUAGCUUGUCAAUAUUCAAGUACUCAAUGAUCACAAAUUCUGAGGAUAUUCCUGCACAACAUCCGCAAGCAGACAAGGACGACUCAUCUUUGAACGCUCAUCUCUGGUUUCCAGAACCCGAAGCUCAAGAGCGAGUUAUUGCCAUACCUCAGGCAUCCGGUUCAUCUUCGCUAUUGAGGGAUCGCUUGUAUAUUGGAAACCUGCAUCCCACUGUCGAUGAAUACGCCCUUCUACAGGUUUUCACCAAGUUCGGCAAAGUAUCGAAACUCGACUUUCUCUUUCACAAGACGGGUCCAAACAAAGGGAAGCCACGCGGAUAUGCCUUCCUACAGUAUUUGCAUGAAGAUGAUGCCCAAACGGCAUUGGACAACAUUAAUGGAAAACUACUGCGGGGUCGUAAGCUGACGGUUACUUUUGCUCAUCAAGCUCCGCUCGAACAGCCCGGUGGAAGUCGACAGGUGGGCAGGGCGAGAAGAGUUGAUACGCGACCGACUACCCUGAGUAUGAUGAAAAGCGGAAUUCAUACUCGGUCAGAAGGUACAGAUGGCAAGAUUGCGAUGAUGGAGGCAAAGUUACGCCAGAUGGAAUCAAGUACCACCAGUUCAUUUGGUUCAUUACCACCAAAACCACCACCAUCGGUUGGUUCGACUUCAAGACAGUGCCUUAGCUCGGGGAAUUCUCUGUCUUCCAGAAAUCAUGCAGGCCCAACCGUUCGGCGUCCUACCGCCCCCGCGGAACCUACUGCCCAUCUAGGGCUUUCUGCGGACGCUGAUACUACACCUUCAGCAUCACUGCCGACACUUAAUACUCUACCGGAGGUCGUCAAGUCAUCCAUGUCCUGUAAACGAAUACCUGGUGUGAAGAUUGUCAAAGAACGUAGUAAAUGAAGGUAAUGCUUUGCAUCAUACCUCCAUUAUAUUGACAACGAUUUUCGCCAGACCUGUACAGUCGACACUCACCGCUCAGGUCGUUCCGAUGAUAUCAAGUCUUUCUCCCCAGAUUCGUCAUACAUCUUAGCGCACUUCCGAGUUGUCUUAAUAUAAUCCCAUAUGAAAUCUACUAUCAUCAUGGUCCGAGAGUUAUCAAGUUCUCAUGAGCAAUGACAGUUUACACUCCGA